GCUGACAUAGAUCCUGGCUCCAUUGUACUUUGCAUCCCCUUUCUCUCUCCCCCUCCGAUCCAGCUAGCUUCAAGAUGGCCGCCGAAGCAGAGAACCCAAUUCAGCGACGCAUGAAAACCGUCAAGCACAUCAUCAUCGUCCUCUCCGGCAAAGGGGGCGUUGGCAAAUCCUCCGUUACAUCCCAGCUCGCACUCAACCUCUACGCAUCCUCCCCUACUGCCCGAGUGGGCGUUCUGGACAUCGAUCUUACUGGACCGUCAAUACCACGCAUGCUUGGCGUAGACGGACACGGCGUCCACCAGAGUAUGGGGGGCUGGGUACCCGUAUACGCAGACGGCACGGCGGCCCGAUUAGCGUGCAUGAGUGUUGGGUUUUUGCUGAAGAAUAAGGGGGACUCCGUGGUCUGGAGAGGGCCGAAGAAGAAUGGGAUGAUCAGGCAGUUCUUGAGCGAUGUGAGGUGGGGGGAUCUGGACUACUUGGUCAUCGAUACACCGCCUGGUACCUCCGACGAGCAUCUAUCCCUCAUCGAGCAUCUCGCCCCCGUGAGGGACAAACUAUCCUCCGUCAUCGUGACAACGCCACAAAUCGUCGCCCUCACGGACUCGAUGAAAUGCCUGUCUUUCACGCGCAACGUUGGGCUUCCCGUACUCGGGCUCAUUGAAAACAUGAGCGGGUACGUGUGCCCAUGUUGCGGCGAAGUCAGCAACGUGUUCUCGACGGGCGGCGGGGAGGAUAUGGCGAAGCGGGAAGGGCUUCGUUUGCUGGGAAGCUUGCCUGUGGACACGGAGCUCGUUACGCUCCUGGAUGCCGCUGCUGUGGCCGAGAGCGAGAACGAGCAACGGGAGAAGGAGUCGGGAGGCAUGGAAGGCGCGAGCGCAGAAACGCAACCUCCGACCGCUGCAUUCGAGCUGCUGGAGAAGUACGAGAAGACGCCGACAGCGAAGCUGUUCAAGGAUAUAGCGGCGCGCGCCAUAGAGAACUUGAAUCAAGGCGAGGAUCACCUUCCUCGUUGAUUGUGACAAGGUUAGGUGGCAGGAGGCUACUAGCACCGCCAGCGACGACCGAAUUGGUACUCGAGGCUAGAAGGCAUCCUCGCUGGCUGGACGGCGCAUGGGAGGAUGGGAGAUGACUCUUGUCGGCCCCCAUGUUGUACGCACUGAGGCUGAACACGCUCCUGGACGACAUUUUCAGCUUCUUGUGCGGCUGGUAUGUCGUACGAUCGCGCACGAUCUUAUCCAUCUGGCGCGCCUCGUUCUGCCUCAUGUUGCGCCAGGUGCCGAGGGAUGAACAGGCGGCAGGCAACGUGCGCGGAGGGAUGGACCAAUCUGGUUUCGUAGAUUGUCCAUUGGGGGCGUCUCUAGUGACUUCUGCUGUGUGCUAUCUCGUAUCAGGGCUUCCCUAUUCACAUCGCUUGGCCUUUGUGACCG